AUGGUACCGCCAGGAUGGAUCUUUUCGGUACUGGCCAGUUCACUGCUUGCAUUGGAUAGUAAUACUAUUAAUAGUCCUCCAUCAUCAUCGGCCACCAUAACGGGGCUGUACCGUUAUGCGGUCAAGGGGUUGAGUGGGGAUUCCUUGAAGCAAGUGCAUAUAUCCCAGGCGUAUGAUACCUUUCCCGAUGAUCGACGCUUUGCCCUUCUCUACGACAAGAAUGUCCCCAAGUGGCAAGACAUGUUGUCGGCCAAGAAGGAGUGGCUUCAUAAGGAGAACUUUCUCUGUGCCUUUACCAACCCCGAGCUAAUGGCCAGAUACGAGGCUUCUUAUCAGCUCUUAUUACAACAAUCAUCAUCAUCAUCAAAGGCAGAAAGCUAUGGGGUUCCUUCGGACAAUAUUGUUGGGAAGGAACAUACUGCAGCAACGCGGCGACUGCUGUCUCUUCGAGAUCGAACGAGCCAAGCAUCGGUUUUCGGUCCAGAGGAUCUGGCCACCGAGCACGGCCAAACAGCACUAGCAGACUUUUUCUCCCAACAAUCCGGCCUGGCGGUUCAGUGUAUCACGGCGGAUGGACAUGCCCGACAAAAACAUCAGUUUGGCAACACAUCGUCGAGAUGGAAACAACAACGAAAAGAUACUCGAACCAUUCAUUUGAUCAAUGCCAAUACCGUCCAGCAAGUGGCCGAGAAAUGCCAGAUACCUACACUCCACCCCACACGGUUUCGCCCCAACAUUGUGGUGGAGGGGUGGGAACCGUGGGCGGAAUUUGAUUGGAUUGGAAAAACAUUAAAGGUCCAUUCUUCUUCUUCCAGCAGCAACAAGAACACCAAGGAGGAUCCAAUACGACUCUCGGUUUUGGCAAAGACGGUUCGCUGUGACGGGGUCAGUGUGGAUCCACUGGAUCCUGGUGUUGUGCUAGAUGUGCCCAAGCUAUUGACGCAGCAUUUCCCCGAACACGGACCCUAUUUGGGAAUUUACGCGACCAUUGAUGAUCCUGGGGUGUUGUCUCUGGGGGAUCAAGUGAUGCUGUCCUUGGAUGAAUGA